AUGUCCAGAGGAGGGGAGAUGGUGUAUAUCCCGGAUGACUCCGACUUCAGCUCCUUCAGGGAUCAGUGUGAGAGCCUGGAGGGCUGGCACUGUCGGUAUAACAAGGCUGGUGUGACCGUGUGGAGUCAGGGCCAGGAGGAAAGCUGCAAUGUGCAGAAAAUCAAGACUCGCAUCUCCUGCAAGGACGUCCCUGCCGAGACGCUCUAUGACGUGCUGCACGACACCGACUACCGCAAGAAAUGGGACUCGAACAUGAUCGAGACCUAUGACAUUGGGCGCCUGACGGUGAACGCUGAUGUGGGAUACUACUCCUGGAAAUGCCCGAGCCCACUGAAGAACAGGGAUUUCGUCACCCUGCGCUCCUGGCUGCCUCUGGGCAAUGACUACAUGAUCAUCAACUACAGCGUCAAGCACCCGAAGUAUCCCCCCCGGAAGGAUUUCGUGAGAGCUGUGUCUCUGCAGACAGGUUACCUCAUCAAAGCGAACGGCGCCGGUGCCUGCGUCCUAUAUUAUCUCACCCAGGUGGACCCUCGUGGGUCGCUGCCAAAGUGGGUGGUGAACCGUGUCUCCCAGUUUGUGGCACCAAAGGCGAUGAAGAAGAUCUACAAGGCUGGGCUGAAGUACCCAGAGUGGAAACGCAAGCACGACCCCGGGUACAAGCCCUGGGUGUACCCAGAGCAGAACACGCUGCCCAGCGUCAGCCUGGCCGAGCUCUCGGUGCAGCACGCAGACUCUCUGGAGAACAUCGACGAGACCGGGCUGCCCGAGGACCACCUGAGCACCAGUGACCAUGAGGCCUGA